CUUGCAGAAUUUAAAAAAUAAUGUAUUGUCAAAAGUUCAAAAGUUCAUCACUUGUUCAGAUUAAAGUUUUAUUUCAACCAAUUGAACCAAUGUGUUUUUAAAUUCUACAUGUACAUCAUCAGAAUUUUUACUACCUCAAUAUAAAUUCAGUGGGUAUUGGUUUGUUUUAAAAAGAAUCCAAAUUUGGCUGACAAUAAAUACAUAAAAAUGGAGCGAAAAUAUAUAUUUCAUUUCAUGUUACUAAUUUGUCUUUGCAAAUUUAAAUAUGCCAACUGCAUCAAACCAGCAUCUCUAGAAAAUACUUUCAAUAAAGGAGUGAUGGCCUACUCUACAGAGAGAUGGUCGUUGUGCAUUGAAAAAUUUGAAGAAGCUUUGCAUCUCUACAAACUAUACAAAUCAAUUCUAGUUAACUGUAGAUUGAAAUGUAACACUGAAACUUAUGAAUGUCAAAUCAAAGACGAUAUUGCUGACCUGAAGAUAUAUGAAAAAUAUUUCAAUAAAAGGAAUUGUCUUAACAUUUGUCAGGAUAAAGAAUUUAAAAAUUUGAAUCUUAACAGAAGCCUUGAAGAUUCUGUACUCCAUGAUAUGCAGGCCAAGAAACCUUACGAAUAUCUUCAUAUAUGCUAUUUUCAACAAAGGAUGUUCCAGAAAGCUGCUUCGGCUGCCUAUACAUACUUAGUUGCCAACCCUAAUGAUGACACCAUGCAAGAUAAUAUGCACUAUUAUAUAGCACAGCCAGAAAUAGACCCUAAGGAGAUAGUUGAUAUGGAAAGUGAGGACUAUGUUGUUAUGUACAAUUUAGGUAAGAAAUCCUACAAACAGAAUAACUGGGAAGAGACAGUAGCUAGCAUGGAAGAAGUUAUAAAAGACUAUUUGGCUUUUGAAAGCAAUUGUCGUGUAGAAUGUGAGCGGCAACCGGGACAAGAAUGGUCCUCAGAAUUUGUAAUAACAAUGUCAAACAACAUGGCGUCUCUUUUACACUGCCAUCAACAAUGCCAAGAUAAACUGAAGUUCCUUAAAUAUAACUCUGGAGUAGAGUUCAUUGCAGAUGUACUUAAUUAUAUACAAGUAGCAUAUUUCCAUCUUGAAAAAUACAAUGAAGCUGCAGAGGCUGUUGCAAGUUAUUUGGUUCUGAUGCCUGAGGAUGAGGAUAUGUUGGAAAAUGUCAAAUUUUAUAGAAAACAUGUAGAUGAAAAAGCUUUUGUUCCCCGAGCUGAAAUAGUGUACUAUUUGAAACGUGAUACAUAUGAGAAGAAUCUUCUUUUAUUUUUUCAUCAAGGAAAGAAGCAGGAUAUUGACUUUGACGCCAUUCUCAAAACUUAUAAUUUUUUGAAAUAGGCCUUCCUGAUUUGCUAUUUAUCUAUGGAUAACAAUUUAUACUUGUGUUUUAUGUUCCUAGACUCUGAUUUCAAUUUAUUGGAGGUAAUACUAAUAAGUUGUAAUUCUAAUGUACACAAACAUACUUGAGUACAAAAAAAAA